AUCUUUCUUUUCCAUUGUUGUUCUUUACCUUGCAUUCAAGCAUUCUUAAUCAUCACUCUCUACCCCCACUCUCUCUCUCUCUCUCUCUCUCUCUCUCUCUCUCUCUCUCUGAGAGAGAUAUCAAAAGCCCUUUAAAUCUUUGCUAACAUAAGCAGAUCCAAAUCUUGGUGCAUCUUAGCAUUUUAUAUACUUAUAUAUAUGUAUCUUGUUUGGUGGACCUUGGUGCUGCAUUUGGCUUUAUGUACCUAAUUGUUUUCAUUCUUAUCUAAAAUAGUUUGUUGGGUUGUUUUGUUUUCUUGGGUUUAUUUGUUUUCUGAGAACUAAAGUUAAAGUCUUUGUGUGCGAGGAAGCUUCAGAUCUGGUUAAGGAGGAGAAGGGAGGGUUCAAAAUGGUGACUUGUGUGUUUUUUUGUUAUUUGACUUGAGAUGUUUAAAAACCCCACUAAACCCAACUUUCUUUCUCUUCAAUUAUCUUCUUGGAUGGACUGUUCUUGUCUUUUUCUUUGCAUUCUCGUUUGAUCUUUUAGCUGCGUUGGCCCUUUUUUUUCUAUUUCUCUCUCCCUCUGUGUGUUUUGGAGGGUUUUUAGAUAGUGGGUUUUGGGAGAAAUUGGUUCUUGUUCUGUUGAAAUGUUGAAGGUUGGGAGUCCUGGUGGUGUCCGGACAAGCACUAGCUGCAAUUCUUUGUUGAGGGAACUUCAGCAAAUAUGGACUGAAAUUGGCGAAAGUGAGGCUGAAAAAGAUCGGAUGUUGCUGGACCUGGAGAGAGAGUGCCUCGAAGUUUACCGCAGAAAGGUUGACGAAGCCUCAAAUACCAAGGCCCGUCUUCAUCAGUCAGUUGCUACCAAGGAAGCUGAACUUGCUACUCUUAUGGCUGCUCUUGGUGAACUUAACAUUCAACCAAUGAAGAAGAAAGCAACAACUUUGAAAGAGCAGCUUAUGUUAGUUUCACCAUUAGUCGAAGAUUUGAAAGUAAAGAGAGAGGAGAGGAUGAAGCAAUUUUCAGAUAUGAAGGCACAGAUUGAUAAGAUCAGUGUAGAGAUCUCUGGAUACAGUCAUCUUGCCAGCUCUGCAACAACAUUAGAAUCUGAGGAACAAGAUUUAUCACUCAGGAAACUCACGGAGUACCAAACUCAUCUCCGAGCCCUUCAAAAGGAAAAGUCCGAACGCCACCAGAAAAUAAUGGGGUAUGUGAAUGAGGUGCAUUUCCUAUGUGGCAUUCUUGGAUUAGAGUUUAGCAGGACUGUGAGCGACGUGCAUCCUAGCUUACAUACUACAAGUUUGGAGCAGUCUAUAAACAUCAGCGACAGUACUUUGGAGGGGCUUGAGCAAGCAAUCCUCAAGUUGAAGACAGAAAGAAAAGUUCGAUUUCAGAAGCUGAAAGAUAUAGUUGCCUCAGUAUUGGAACUAUGGAACUUAAUGGACUCAACAAGAGAAGAAAAACGUAAUUUUACCAGAAUCAUUUCAAUUUCGUCGGAAUCUGAAAUUGUGGAACCAGAAUCACUUUCUAUGGAGAUAAUUCAACAGGCAUCAGAAGAAGUUGAGAGGCUUACUAAGUUAAAAGCAAGUAGAAUGAAAGAACUGGUUAUCAAGAAGAGAUCGGAAUUGGAAGAUAUUUGUCGGAAGACGCAUAUUGAACCUGAUUCCAGUACAGCUGCUGAGAAAUCCAUCGCAAUGAUAGAUUCUGGUCUCGUGGAUCCUUGUGAACUUCUGUCAAAUAUUGAAGAACAAAUUAACAAAGCUAAAGAUGAAGCUUCAAGUCGAAAAGAAAUUAUCGAUAGAAUAGAACGAUGGCUAUCAGCCUGUGAGGAGGAAAACUGGCUUGAAGAUUAUAACCUAGAUCAUAACCGCUACAGUGCUGGAAGGGGUGCGCAUCUAAAUCUAAAGCGUGCAGAACGUGCUAGAAUAACAGUUACUAAGAUUCCAGCAAUUGUUGAUAGUCUAACAACGAAAACUGUUGCAUGGGAAAAUGAGAGAAGAAAACAAUUUCUAUAUGACGGGGCACGUUUGGUAUCCAUACUGGAUGAUUACAAACUUACAAGACAACAGAAAGAGGAGGCAAAGAAGCGAUACAAGGACCAAAAGAAGCUCCAAGACUUGCUAUUAACAGAAAAAGAAUCCAUUUAUGGAUCAAAGCCUAGUCCGAGAAGAAGCCCCAGUUUCAGGAAGACAAAUGGCUAUCAUGCUAACGGAAAUGGAUCGAUGACUCCCACACCUCGCAGGAACUCAGUUGGAUGUGCGACUCCAGAGCUCAUGACACCACGUUCAUAUUCUGGGCGUCAAAAUGGGCAUUUCAAGGAGAUGAGAAGACUGUCUACUGCACCACUGAAUUUUGUAGCCAUGGGAAAAGAAGAUAUCAUAUCUUUUUCUUCUGUUUGUGGUUCUGAGCCAGGGUCUCCUCCUCAUAGUUGAAUUUGGAACUUAGGCUGAACCAGCAACUCUACAUUAUGGAUUUCAAUAAACAAUGCUGGUUUUGAUGUAGCAAAAGGCUUGUGAAUAUAAAGGGGGAAUAAUCUACUCUAGUGUAUGAUGGCUAGUAUGUUAGUAACUACAUAGACAGCGAUGACUGACAUAUGAGGACCUGUGUUGCUCUCUUCGAAGAAAUAUCAAGAUUUGGGAAAUGAUAGAAUGUUGCGGAUAUGCAACUGCCAGUUUUUGUUUUUGUUUGUUACUAAAAUAUGUGUGUUGAGAAAGAUGCAACCAAUUGGCCAUGUGUUCGUUGAUGAUAAUGCUUGUGUUUAACAUA